UUGGCUCUCCGGUCUCUAACUCUUCAAACAUCUCUCAUUCUCUCUAUAUUCUUCGCCCACAAAUCCGAUUUUUUCUUCCACUGCCAUAUUUCUUCUUCCACUGCCAUAUUUCUUCUUCCUAUGUCUCUUCAUAUGACGAUUUGCAGGUAAGAUAUAAAACAAAGAACGGAAACCCUAACUCUUCCAAUUUCGAUCGGUAGACUUUGCGCGCUAAACCUUCUCCUGCAAUUACAAUUUUGAAGAAAAAUAUCAUCUUUCUACCUACAUUCAACUUCAAUUUGUCCACAUUAUGGAUGAAACUAAGGUGGCAAGGAGGUGGGUGGAUGCAGUGCAAUUUGGGGUUAUGACAGAUGAAGAAGUGAAAAAACUUAGCGUCGUCAAAGUUACGAAUUCAUUAUUGCUGGAUGUUGCUGGAAAUCCUGAGCCUGGUGGUUUAUAUGAUCCUGCUUUCGGUCCAUUCGAUGAUCAUUCUUUUUGCAAAAAAUGUGGUAAUCGGUCUUUUUAUUGCCCUGGACAUUGUGGGCAUAUAGAUCUCGUUGUACUGCUUUACCAUCCUUUAUUCUUUAAUAAGCUCGUUCGUGUUCUACAGAACACGUGUUUGGCUUGCUACCGUUUUAAAGCACCUAAAGAGGAGGUAGAAAUGUGCAUCUACAAAUUGAAGCUCAUUAAGAAAGGAGAUAUUGCUCGUUCUAGAGAAUUUGAUCCUUUUUUAAGCGAGCCUCCUGAGGAGUGUGAGAACAGGCUUGAUAUGCAUCAAUGCGGCUGGACCUCUUUUCAACUUACUGAAGCAGUUUUGGUGCUGGACGGUUUUUUGAAAAAAAAAUAUACUAAAUGUCAUUGUGGGGCCAAGAGUCCUCCCAUUACUAAACCUACCUUUGGUUGCAUUCGUCUGGGCGCCUUGAGCGGUAACAACAUAAGAGCCAAUAUUAUCAAAAGGCAAAAGUUAGAUGGACCUAUGGAUGAAAGUGAUCAUUCUAUUUCCGAGGUAGAAGAUCUUGCUGACCAUAAUGCUGGUCAAGUAGCAUCAAAUUGGCGAAGGAAGGAAAAGGUCGACUCACUGUCAGAAAUAAUGAAGUGGAGAGAACCACGAUCUUUGUUACCAACAGAAGUCAGAUGGAUACUUGAGCGUCUAUGGGAAAAUGAGGCUCGAUUAUGCUCGUUCAUUUGUGAUAUUCAGCAACACCAGGGAAACACAUCUCAGAAGAAAACAUCUUAUUCGAUGUACUUCUUAAAAAGUCUUCUUGUGCCUCCAACGAAAUUCCGUCCUCCUUCUAAAGGAGGUGAUUUAGUGAUGGAGCAUCCUCACACUGUUCUAUUGGGCAAGGUUUUGAAUUCUAAUAUAUCCGUGGCAAAUGCUGCUGAGAAGCAUGCUGAGAGUAACAUUAUUCUUAGAGAUUGGAUGAAUCUUCAACAAUCUGUAAAUGUUCUCUUUGAUAGUAAGAGGGCAGUAGGACAAAGGGAGAUGGCUUCUGGCAUAUGUAAUUUGCUGGAAAAAAAGGAGGGCUUGUUCCGGCAGAAGAUGAUGGGGAAACGAGUCAACCAUGCUUGUCGUUCUGUAAUAUCACCAGAUCCUUAUCUGGCUGUCGACGAGAUUGGUAUUCCACCAGCUUUUGCAUUGAAGCUGACCUAUCCAGAGAGAGUGACUUCUUGGAAUGUGGCAAGCUUACGAGAUGCCGUUGUUAAUGGGCCUGGGCUUCACCCUGGGGCCACAGAUUAUGUUGAUAAAGUUUCUACUUGGAAAUUACCGCCUAGCAGGAAAUCUCGUAUUUCAAUAUCAAGAAAAUUACCUUCUUCAAGAGGUGUCACGAUACACGCUGGGAAGAUUUACACUGAUGAUUACGAAGGGAAGAUAGUUCACCGUCACUUGCGCAACGGGGAUAUAGUUCUGGUGAAUCGCCAGCCGACACUCCAUAAACCAAGUCUAAUUGCACUGAAGGUUCGUGUCUUGCCUGGAGAGAAGACCAUUCGUUUUCACUAUGCAAACUGCGAUUCCUUCAAUGCUGAUUUUGACGGAGAUGAAAUAAAUGUUCACUUUCCUCAAGAUGAAAUUUCUCGGGCUGAAGCUCACAACAUUGUAAAUGCUAAUAACCAAUAUAUUGUUCCAACUCGUGGUGAUCCUAAAAGAGCUUUGAUUCAGGAUCACAUUGUAGGUGCUGUACUUCUCACGAAGAGGGAUACCUUUUUUACCUUUGAAGAUUUUAAUGAACUUCUUUAUAUGUCUGGUAUGUGUUCUUAUGGGGUCUUGGCUCUCAAUGCCAAAUCUGGCAAGAAAAUAUCGGUAGUGGAUUCAGAAAGUGUCAUCCAGGCUUAUCUACCGGCUAUAAUUCGACCGCAAAGGCUUUGGACAGGGAAGCAGGUCAUAACUGCCAUCUUGAAUCACAUAACAAGAGGUUGUCUACCAUUUACUGCCAAAAAGCGUGCUAAAAUUGCACGAGAAUAUUUUGGGAUGGAUGAAUCAAAGAAGAACAAAGAUGAAAGUCUUAAAACAGCUGGUGAACCUUGUCGAAAGAAGAGAAACAACAAUGAGACUUCUAAGAUGAUUGUUAGAGAUGUGGUAAAAUGCAUUGAAACAGAAUAUUCGAGAUGUGGCAAAAGAUAUUCAGAGAGCAAGAAAAGCAGGAUGUGGGGGAGCUCCAAGUACAACAUCGAUGAAAAUGAUGUGUUUGUUUUCAAGAAUGAAUUGGUUCAAGGGGUUAUUGACAAAGAGCAGUUUGGGAAGUAUGGAUUAGUUCACACCAUUCAGGAAAUGUAUGGGUCUGAUGCUGCAGGAAACUUGCUUUCUGCAUUGGGCCGCGUAUUGACUGCUUUUCUACAGAUGAUGCAUGGUUUUACUUGUGGAAUUAAAGAUCUUCUCCUAGUACAACCUUAUGAAGAACAGAGGAAGAAAUUGCUUGAUGCUUGCCUUGAUAGUGGCAAGCAAGUUCAUCAGCAAUUCAUUGGCCGUGAAAAGGAACAUUUAGACUUCUUGGAGAUGCAAAUCGAAGUUGAGAAAGCAAUUCGACAUAAUGGAGAAUCUGGAAGUGUCUUUCUUGACGGGAUGAUGAGAAGUAAGCUUAAUACACUGAGCUCUGCAGUUACUAAAUUAUUCCCUGAAGGACUAGUUAAGCCGUUUCCGAAGAACUGUCUUUCUCUUAUGACACUCUCUGGAGCUAAAGGCAGCAUUUUCAACUUCCAACAAAUAUCUCUCUUGCUGGGUCAACAAGAAUUGGAAGGGAAGCGUGUACCUCGAAUGGUCUCUGGGAAGACACUACCAUGCUUUGUCCCUUGGGACAGUUCAGCUCGAGCUGGUGGAUUUAUUGGUGAUCGUUAUCUUACUGGCCUCCGCCCCCAAGAAUUUUAUUUCCAUUGCAUGGCUGGUCGUGAAGGAUUAGUUGAUACAGCCGUGAAAACAUCUCGCAGUGGAUACCUGCAAAGGUGCUUGAUAAAAAAUUUGGAGUGCCUCAGUGUUUGUUAUGACUACACAGUUCGUGAUGCAGAUGGUUCCAUCAUUCAGUUCCGCUAUGGAGAAGAUGGGGUUGAUGUUCACCAAAAGAACUACCUUCAAGAAUUUGAAGCAUUAGCAUUGAAUCAACAGCUGAUUGUCAGCAGACAUCCUCUAUGUCAAAUCGAUGAUGCAUGCAUAUCCAAAUAUAUUGAAGAAGAUAAUGAAUUUCCAGCUCAACUUGCCAGGGAAGCUAAGGAAUUCUGUAAUAAUUAUGCAUCGCACCUCAACAACCCGUUAAACUUCAUAAAAUUGGUUAAGAACAAAUACUAUAUGAGUCUUGCCCACCCUGGGGAGCCAGUUGGAAUUAUUGCAGCUCAGUCAAUUGGAGAGCCUUCCACACAAAUGACAUUAAAUACAUUCCAUCAUGCUGGUCGAGGAGAGAUGAAUGUGACACUAGGAAUUCCACGUCUACUAGAGAUAUUAAUGAAUGCAGCAAAGUUUAUCAAGACUCCUACUAUGAUGUGCCCUUUGUUAAAGUGCAAGACAAAGGAUGAUAUCGAGUGCCUUGCUGCAAAGUUGAAGAGAAUUACAGUUGCUGACUUGAUAGAUAAGAUGGAAGUUAGUGUUGUGCCAUUUGCCAUUGAGAAACAUGAAAUUUGCAGUAUUUACAAACUUAAAGUUAAGCUCUAUGAUCCUGAACUUUAUCCUCGUCAUACUGAUAUUACAUUAGAAGACUGUCAAAAUGCCCUGCUAAAUGAGUUUGUGAAGGAAAUGGAAGCAGCAAUAAAAGCUCAUUUGCUUUUGCUUUCAAAAAUAUCCGGCAUUAAUUCUGAAUCCCAGUCAAAGGGUUCAGAUGACAUGGACAAAGAUGGGGUUGAGAGUGGUUCACAGACAGACGAAGAAGAUAGUUCUGAUGAUGAUGAUGACAAUGAAGAAAGGGGUGCCUGUGUUGGUUCAAAGGUUCGGAAAAGGAAACGAAAAGCUAAAGAUGGGAUGUAUUAUGAGGACGACCCUGAGGUGGAAGCUGAGGAAGAGAAACUCAUAUCUGAACAUGAAUAUGACGAAGAAGUAGUUGAAAAUGAAAAUGAGGAUGAAGAUAAAGAAGAAAGUAUGGAGGAAGAUGUAACGGAAACUCACUCUGGCCCUCCUGAUUCACAAGAGCGUAAGGAGAAACCAAAAGUUAAAGAAAGAAAAAAAUCAGAUAAAAAUAAAGCAAUAUACGUCGCUUGUGAUGGACUAUGUUUUGAAGUCCAUUUUAAGAUAACUAACCAACCGCACAUAUUGCUGUCACAGAUGGCUGAAAAGGCAGCUAAGAAAGUUUAUGUGAAGAGUGCUGGCAAGAUUGAGCGAUGUGAAGUAGUAGAGGUACAUUUGGAUGAUUCCGGAAAGGGAGGGAUCCCAAUGCUUAGAAAAGGUAAAGAAUCUCGUCCUGCUCUCCAGACUGCUGGUGUUGAUUUUCCUGCCUUUUGGGAUAUGCAAGAUGUGCUUGAUGUUAGGUUCAUUAGUUCCAAUGAUGUACAUGCAAUGCUUGGUACUUAUGGGGUCGAAGCUGCUAGAGCGACCAUCAUAACAGAGAUCGUCACAGUUUUUGGUCACUAUGGAGUUUCAGUGGAUAUACGACACUUAACCUUAAUUGCCGAUUACAUGACACAUACAGGCCGGUAUAGGCCAUUGAAUAGAUUUGGGGGCAUAACGGAUUCGAUAUCUUUGCUUAGCAAGAUGUCCUUUGAGACAUCUUCGAAUUUCCUUACUGAAGCAACAGCUCAUGGAGAAGUUGACACCUUAAAGACUCCUUCGGCUAGAAUUUGUCUUGGCUUGAUUUCCAAUGUUGGUACUGGAUGUUUUGACUUGAUCCAUGGUUUUGAUAUGUGAUGGGUAACGCAGUUUGAGCUGCAAUAGACUGUACAUAUUUUUAGGAUUAAUCAUUUAUGUAAUUUAUUACACCAACAGAAAUAUAUGUAUAUAAUGGCCUAGCAAUUAUUGUUA